AUGAAAUCGAUUAUUACUUUUGUAUUUGUGCUCAGUUUCUUGAUUCUGAGUGUUGGAGCGGGAACGAAGGAGACUGCCGAGCAUGAUUUUAUUUACAAGGCUGCCGCUCAGGUGAGCUGAAAAUGGUUGAAACUUUUUCUUAUAGCCCCAGCCAAAGCAAGUCUUUUCUUGCAAAGCGAUCAAAAAUGUUAAUUUUCUAUAACCAUCUGACGUUUGAAAACGCAUGCAACGACCAUAAGUUACCUUACAAAUCUGACUUAAAUGCGGGGCCUUGUUCCCCUAGAAUGUGAAAACCGUGACAAACACCCGGCAAACUUGUGAUCGAUAUAAAAUUGAAACAGGCCUCGCUAAGUCCGCGGUAGGACUAGCUCAGUCGGUAGUCUAAGAGCGCUUGUGUCUCGGCAGAGUGGGAGGUCGCGGGCGGGUUCGAUUGGUACGGUGACCGGACAAAUAUUCCGGGUCUUUAUGGUCUUUAUAAAGUGACCGAGAAAUAAUAGGUACUACCUUUGCGCUUUGCAAACGUUUGGCUCUGAUGACCACCUAAAAUGGCGAUCCCGUCAUCAGUAGACUAGCGUCCUCAAUUAUUACAACCGUGCUAAAUGCAAUUGACACUCAAAGAAAUUCUUCAAACGGCUCAAACUUACAGGCAACUCACUGCUGUUGUAUAGUGCAUCGUUGCAACUAAGUAUUAGAUUGUCGCUGUGGAUUUGCCAGAGAAAGAUUUUUUUUCACAACUGGAAAAGUUGCGUCUCUGCACUGCGAUGAUCUUCUUUCAUUUCAAUCUUUAGUUCUAUUAUAAAUGAUUUCUAUGUCUUCAUAAUUUCAUCUCAGUCAUCCGUUUCCUUUCGGUGGGGUUUGCAAAUAAAACUAAUUAUGAACUAUUAAUUAUAGUUAUAAUGAUGUUGGGAAUAAAUAUAAUAUUGUGUUUAAAUAUUUUGAUAUUUAAAUUGCAGAUUUGUAAACCUUACUUUCUCAGAUGUAAACAGAAUCCAGAAAAAGGAAUAAGUGACUGCUUUAAGGAUGUCUACUAUCGCUGCUUGCCCACGGUGCGUUUACUUGUUGUCCAACCAUAUUUCCUUUUUCGCUCUGUUUCGCCUUUCUAGUUGCUCAGCCUGAGAGGAGGAGAGAAGGCAGACAGCUUAUCUGUCACCGUCCACUGACGUCAAAGAAAAUAACUUAUUUUGGGAUCAAAAAUGAUGCAAAACGUUAAAAUGGUAUCUUAUGGCUCUUGUAUUCCCAUUAUGGCUCUUGAAUGGUAUCUGUAGUGUAAGAUUUGCAAUGGGUGUUAAAAAUGUAAGUCAAACUCACAAACGGAAAAUUAAGCCUUCCCCAUCAAGCUAUUACAAUACAUAUACAGUGAGCUGUAUAAAAGUCGGGAAAAAAAUACGCCGAUGUUUGAAGAUCAUAGCCAAACGCUUUAAAAGGUUAUUAACUUGAAAGUAAUUUAAAGUCACAGAAAGAAAGAAAGUUAAAAAUGAACAAACGUUAAGACUUUAAAAGACUGUAAAACGCCGGACACUGCCUAAGUUAAGGUUGCUAGUGUCGUCGAAGUGCUUUAAAAAUUUGCUUGAUUUUUUCUGUUUUUAUUUAGUAUCGAAGUUGGCUUCAGUCCGUGGAACAAUGCGCUUCUACUGCUGGUGAAGAUUUUGCAGCUGUUCUGGGUUGCACUAAGGGCUCCAAUCUAGCCUGA